AUGGACUCGAUCCCACGCUUGCGCUGGUGCUCUAAGACCAAUCGUUUUCACUACAACAUACCCGUGGCAGCUGAACCAGGUGACAACGGAUUCGUGCUGCUACAGGAAUUUGAGCACGCGGGCUCGCUCCGAUUGCUAAAGCUACCGACUAAGGAACUUCAUCACGUGGAACAGAUGGAACGUAUCAAUCAUCUUAUACAUGACGUUGAGAAUGCAGUGCAUCUACACCAGUCGGUGAAGAUGCUAGAGCAGAAGCGUAAACAUCACGACGAGUAUCAUGAACGUGUGGCCAAGGACGAUGAAGAGCGGCCACAAAUUCUUAAACAAUGGGGCGCUUUUUGCCAGCGUCAGCCGCAUAAGCGCUCCUUUGAGGGCCAACGACAGAAGCCCACGCGCAUGGGCCGUGUUCACCAGCCCAAAUAA